UUUCAGCUUAAAAAAAUUCACAAUGCCAAUUUCCAGUAUUCUUAAGAAAGCUUCAAGUUACAUACUUGGAUACACUGACGAAACAAGUUCAUCAGAAUUAUUGGAAUAUGAAGAGAAUGAAACUUUAUUCUGCAAGAACAACGUUUGUGUUCAUCCACCAGCUUUGGCGAGAGAAGAAUCGGAUGUUAUCCAUCAUUCUGGAUAUUUAACUUUAUGUACAAAAACAUUUAUUGACCAACAUAAUUUUGCUAAACGUCCGACAUUGUUCUUGACUUGGAUACCCAAUUCAACACUCCGAAAAUGUCCAGCACCUUUAGAGAAUUGUUCACCAUUGAGUCAAAUCAAAUCACGAAUGAUGUUGCAUUCUAGAAAUUCAGUAAACAAAGAAGAUGUGAAAAAAGAAGGUAGCAACAAUAACAACACGCAGAUACAAAUUGUAAACACCACAAAUCCAUUCUUGGAUAACUACAUUGAACCAGAAGAAUACGCUUUAAGUCAGCAAAAGAACAAAGACAACUUACAAGCUUACGAAGGAAAGUCAGAUUAUUCCGAAACUGCAAGUAUUUCAUCAAGUUCAGAUUACACAAACUACAACGAUUGUUGCUACUCUCAUUCGAAUGUAAACGAACAAAUUAUUCUAAUGGAAGAAGAUGAACAUAAAGAAAUUGGAAUUUUGAAUGAACAAGAAGAUGAAGAAGCGAAAGAAUUAUCAGCUGAACUUGAACCAUUGUUGAGUCAGGAAGGUGAAUCUGAUCAGAAGAUUCUGACUCAUCAAAUUUCAGCACCAACUUCAACUGAAUCAACAGUUCAAAUGUUAAAGAAUUAUAAGAAGCAUCGUUCAAUGACAUCAGUCAACAUAACAAUUGCGAAUCCUAACAUUGUAAACCUCGAAGUUUCUGCUUCUCCUGAUGAUGACGCCGUCAAAAAACAAAUCAUCAGAUCACUCUCAGUCUCAUCAGCAGAUGAAAAUAAUCCGAAUUGGAUGACUGCUGAGAUGUACGCUUAUAAACAUAAUUUAACAUUCCCAGACAGUGUUUCGUCAUCACCAGUCGUUAAUCGAAAGAACAACCAGUCACAAAUGAAAUGUCGUCGAUUUUCUGUUGAUUUAAGUCAAAUGAGGGCGCUUCGUUUGUUCUUUAAUGAUGAACAAUGCACGUCAGGUCAGUUGGUGAUUGCAAGUCGUGAAUCUCAAUACAAAAUUCUUCACUUUCAUCAUGGAGGUUUAGAUCACCUCGCUCAAGUUCUCCAUCAAUGGCAUUGCUUGCUUCAUAACAUUAAAGUUACACCAGGUCAAGAUGAAACCAAUUUAACUUAUCGUCAAUUCAUGGUUUGCCGUCCUGAAGUGCACGACAGUGAAUUGCAUCCCGAAGAAGGAAAAGUUCCGAAAAUAACAACUGAAUAUUUUUAUGGACAACUUCUUAAUGAAAAGGGACAAAUUGAAGAUGAUUUACAGUUGAAGAAGUGCGUGUUCUUCGGUGGUCUCGAGAAGAACUUACGUAAGACAAUUUGGCCAUUUUUACUUCACUGCUAUUCAACAAGUUCAACAUUUAAUGAUCGCAUUGCACUUGCAAAUCUUAGAAAGCAAGAAUAUGAAGAGAUUACCAAACGACGAUUGUAUUCCAUGUCACCAGAAGAACAAGCUCAAUUCUGGAGGAAUGUUCAAAGUGUCAUUGAGAAAGAUGUCGUGAGAACAGAUCGUGGAAAUCCUUUCUUUGCUGGUGAAGGAAAUGCUAAUAUUGAAAUAAUGCGAAAUAUUCUACUAAAUUAUGCUUCUUAUAAUCCUGGAAUGAGUUACACUCAAGGCAUGAGCGAUUUAUUGGCACCAGUCUUAUGUGAAUUGAAAAAUGAAUCUGAAACAUUUUGGUGCUUUGUUGGUCUUAUGCAACGUGCAAUAUUUGUUUGCACACCAAAUGAUAAUGACAUCGAUGAACAUUUACAACUUUUGAGGGAAUUAAUUCGGUUGAUUGUUCCGAAAUUUUAUGAACAUUUACUUAAACACAACGAUGCUAUGGAACUUUUAUUCUGUCAUCGAUGGAUAUUGUUAUGUUUCAAACGAGAAUUUACAGAAGCUGUUGCUAUAAGAAUAUGGGAAGCAUGUUGGGCCAAUUACUUAACUGAUUAUUUCCAUCUUUUUGUUUGCUUAGCUAUUAUUUCUGUUUACUCUGAAGAUGUUAUUGCCCAAGAUCUGCGUACUGACGAAAUGUUGCUUCAUUUUAGUUCGUUAGCAAUGUACAUGGAUGGGCAAUUAAUUCUCCGAAAAGCUCGCGGGCUUUUGCAUCAAUUUAGACAACUUCCUAAGAUUCCCUGCACUUUGACAUCUUUGUGUCGACGAUGUGGUCCAGGAAUUUGGGACAGUGGUCAUCGACCUUCGGUUGAAUGCAUAGGACAUGACGAGAAAGAAAAAUGUGCUUUAGCUGAGAAUUGAAAAAUUACUCCAAAGAUGAUUAUCCGGCUUUAACAUAAAUUUAUUCUCAAUAUUAAUGUGUUAAACAACAAUUGAUAAUAUGCACGCAUGAAAUAAAAGAAAUAUAAUUAUGAAUACUUAUUAGAGAACUGAAUGUAGUAUUUGGAG